UUGAACUCGUGCCAUUGUAGUGACUCAUCUCGGGCAGAGCGCUGGGGCUCCGAGCGAACCAGCGAGCAAGCAAGCGGCGCUCGGCGGGGACAGAGAGAGGGAGAGAGAGAGGCGCGGACGGGCGAGGCGGGCCCGUCCGGGAGCGGGCGCCGGGGAAGGGGUGCAGGUCCGGGCGCCGGAGCCGCCGCAAGGGGAGCGGGUCCGCGUCCCUCUCCGCGUCAGCUCAGCUGGAACCCCACGGGCCGCGGGGCGGGCUGCCUUCACCUAAUCAAGUGUCCCUGCCGCUCGAAACUCCGGCGGCGAGUCGGCCACAGGAAGUUUAUUCUCAGCUCCUUUUCUAAAAGGAGGAAAUAGAAGUUUCUCCAAGCGGGCAGCCUUUCUUUUCGCCUUUUUUUUUUCUUCCUUUUUUGCCCUGUCUGAAAUUGGGGGCCCCCAGACCUGGCAGGCUUGACUCGCCGGGCUCCUAUUCUUUUUUUAAUUUCCAAUUUUUGAUUGAGCCGGCGGUCCCGGCUGGGCUCUGAUUGCGCGCGGGGGCAGGAGGGCGCGCGCAGGGGAGGGACCGAGGGACGCGCGGACUUUUUAGAGGGAGGGACCGGGUGGACGACUGGUCCCGCGGCGCUCGUAGAGCAGGAAAGAAGUGCAGCGCUCGGCGCUCGGGGGGCACUGUUCCCGGAGUGCCGCCGCCGAGGGGGAGAAGCCCGGGAGCGACGCUUAGAGCCCCAGGCGCGGCCGGCAGGGAGCCAGCGCGCAGCUGCCGGUGCGCGGCCGCGGCGAGGGCGGGGGAAGAAAAACACCCUGUUUCCUCUCGGGCCCCCACCGCGGAUCAUGUACCAGGAUUAUCCCGGGAACUUUGACACCUCGUCCCGGGGCAGCAGCGGCUCUCCUGCGCACGCCGAGUCCUACUCCAGCGGCGGCGGCGGCCAGCAGAAAUUCCGGGUAGAUAUGCCUGGCUCAGGCAGCGCCUUCAUCCCCACCAUCAACGCCAUCACGACCAGCCAGGACCUGCAGUGGAUGGUACAGCCCACAGUGAUCACCUCCAUGUCCAACCCAUACCCCCGCUCGCACCCCUACAGCCCCCUGCCAGGCCUGGCCUCUGUCCCCGGGCACAUGGCUCUCCCAAGACCCGGCGUGAUCAAGACCAUUGGCACCACUGUGGGCCGCAGGAGGAGAGAUGAGCAGCUGUCCCCUGAAGAGGAGGAGAAGCGUCGAAUCCGGAGGGAGAGGAACAAGUUGGCCGCAGCCAAGUGCCGGAACCGUCGCCGGGAGCUGACGGAGAAGCUGCAGGCGGAGACGGAGGAGCUGGAGGAAGAGAAGUCGGGGCUGCAGAAGGAGAUUGCCGAGCUGCAGAAGGAGAAGGAGAAGCUGGAGUUCAUGCUGGUGGCCCACGGGCCCGUGUGCAAGAUCAGCCCUGAGGAGCGUCGGUCCCCACCGGCCUCUGGGCUGCAGCCCCUGCGCAGCGGGGGCAGCGGAGGGGUGGGCGCCGUGGUGGUGAAGCAGGAGCCCCUGGAAGAGGACAGCCCCUCAUCCUCGUCCGCGGGGCUGGACAAGGGCCAGCGCUCCGUGAUCAAGCCCAUUAGCAUCGCUGGGGGCUUCUAUGGGGAGGAGCCCCUGCACACCCCCAUCGUGGUGACCUCCACUCCUGCCAUCACUCCGGGCACGUCGAACCUCGUCUUCACCUACCCCAGCGUCCUGGAGCAGGAGUCACCGGCGUCGCCCUCCGAGUCCUGCUCCAAGGCUCACCGCAGAAGCAGUAGCAGUGGGGACCAGUCAUCAGACUCCUUGAACUCCCCGACUCUGCUGGCUCUGUAACCCAGCUCCCCGGGGGGGGUCCUCGACACUGCCUCCUUCCCAGGGACCAGCACCUCCCAGCGCUCCAGGGCCCUGAGGGCAAGAGGGGACCCUGCCGGAGAGCUUCCUGGCUCGGGGAAGACCCAGGUGGGAUUUGGCGGUGAGGCAUUGGAGGACUUGGCUGGUCUCUUGAAAGCCACAAGACCUCCUCCCUCGUUCAUCCUGCAGAGCAAAUCCUGUUUCUUGAAAAGCCUUGGAGAGCUUGGUUUGGUGGACUCGGCAUCUCUCUGGCUUCUGAAGAGCCUGAAGCUGGUGUGGACCGUUCCCGCCCCUUUCUCGUGAUGUGUCUCUGGAGUGAUGGUGUCUUUCCCGGCCCCACCAAGCAUGCUCAGUGCCUUUUGGUUUCACCUUCCUUCUAUUUACCCCUUCCUCCCCCCAUGUCAGUUUCACUUCCUCUUGGUUGUUGUCAAAUUUGCCAUGACAUUUCAUCUGGGUGGUCUGAAUAUUAAAACUCUGCAUUUCUGGAGAUGGGGCAGCAGGUGACUCUUCUGCUGGGGCUGACUUGUCCAGAAGGGGACAGUCAACGUGCAAUACAGAACCUUCCCUCCCCUGACACUCCCCGGCCUGCUACCAUCUCCAGAACCACCGGCAGGGCUCCCUGGGCUCUCAAGGAGAUGCCACCACCACCGGGAGGCUUGCAGGACUCUUCCUCCCCAUCCUCCGACACAGCUCUUGGAGGAGUGGCUUGGCCAGAAGACAGGGUGUGAGUGAGACAGCCGGGGCACAGAUUGGGUUUGCCAAAUGCCUAAUUACCCGGGCCUUUGGAAUAGUGCCAACAAGCCACACAGGCAUCCCAGCAGGCCUCCCUUCGCCUGGUGUCUUGAGUAGGACGUCGCCUGUAAUUACUGCCUCGGACCCUUCUCUCCAGACCAGGGAGGCACCGCUCCCUCCUGAGGAACCACUCCACGUGCCUGCUCCGCCCUCCACCCUCCCGCACCUGCCUCUCGGGGUGACGCACCUGCCUCGCAGGGUGACGCCACCCAUGGAGGUUUAAUGAGCGUGGGCUGGCCUCUCCCUACAUUGCUGCCAUGUGGCCCUCCCCUGCUGUGGCUGCAAAGGCUGGGGGAGGCAGUUGGGUGGCCGGUGCCCCAGCACCUGCCUCUCACCUCUCAGUGAGGCAGCCGGCCUUUUCUACCGCCUCCGGUCGUCUGCUCCCUGAUGGAUCUAGCGCUUUCUCUUUUGCACUCCCCUGCCCCUCCCCCUAGUGUGCUCCUCAGGUCGGUCAGCCAGCUGUGAACAGCUGGCCAGAGCUGUGGCUGUGGCUUGCAGCUUGCUUACACGCCAUUCCUGGGGCGCGGGCGCUGAAAUCAGGGCUGUGUUGCUUCCCCCUGCAAAUAGCAAGCAAGCCGCCCCCUCCCAUGGGGUGGGGGGCGGGGAAGGGGUCCGAGAGCACAGCUCAGCCGGGCUCCCUGGGAUCCCCUCCCCCCACCCCUCUGAGCCUUUUCCUCCCCAGGGCUGACUUCCAGAAUUGGCUAAUGCUCUGAGGGAGACCCCACCAUGGUGAUUCAGCUCUAGCGAUCAUUGUGUGGUCAUUUAAAACUAUAUAGGUAUUAUUUAAAUCAACCCAGUGGGGGUUAAAUCUCAAAGCUGGUCUUAGGGGGAUGGGGGAGAGAGAGAGAGAGGAGAGCAGUGACACAGUUGCUCACCUGUUCCCUUCGCACACCCAGGCUGGCACGCUGGCCAGUAUUUAAUGUCCAUUAGCUACUUACCAUGCACUAGACACUCAGAGUGGAACAGCCGUGUGCCUAAAAUACACAGCCCACUGUGCCUGGAAGUGACGUGUUGGAGGGAUAGGGCACACAGAGGAGAUGAAGAGAAAAGGGUUGUGUCCCCAGAUGCUUUAAAGAUGUUAUUUCCCACAUUCCUUGGCCGUGAUGUUGCCUUCCCAGUUUCCCAGAGGUUCUGGGAAGGGUGCUUCUAAUAAGGUGGGCAGUUGGCUUUCCCGUUUCAGAUUAAAGAAAGAUGCAGAAGUCAGCCAGGAGUGGUAGGAGACAAACAGAGAAAGCUGGGGUGCGCUCAGCUCUGAAAGGCUUAAUCAUCUCAAGUGGUGUCUGUGGCCAAUUGGGAGCUCUUCCCUUCUUUUUGCAUAUAUAUACAUAUAUAUAUGUAUAUAUAUUUCUUGAAUAAGGCUGCUUUCUUGUGUUUUAUUUCUCAAAGUCUCUUUGUGCCCCUCUUUGCACAGCACUGAUCCCAAGGUAGGUCCCAAUCUGUGACUUGGGGCCAGGCUGGACAUUCCUGAGACAGAGUCUGGCUUUAGUUCAGAUUUCAAGCUACGGUGACUUUGGGACCAGCAGAAAGCAGAAACCCAGGCACCCAGCAGGAUUUCGAGGCUUCCGAGCUGUGUUUCUCUUCAAGACCUCCUAGCUUUGUUCUAGGAGGUCCUCUGGCUUCCCCAAAGCCAGAGGUUAUUUGGAGAAGGCUGGAUAUUCCCACCAAACUCACCAGCAUAUCCUCAGUUCCUUUCUUCUGGCUGGUUUUCUAAGUUCACACCUGACGCCAGGAUUGCUGCUUCCAGCUCUCUGGCUCCAGCUUAGGGAGCUGCUGCAGCAUGGGGGCCUCUGCGCUUGGGCAGAGAGCUGCUGAGCUUCCCCCGUGUCCCCAGCCGUGAGGCAGCUGGUGUGGACUCCAGUUGGGCUGCAGGCAGCCCUGGGCCGGCAUAGGGCAGGUACUUCUUGACAGCCUGGUGAGAAACAGUCCCCUUGGCCACCUGGCUGGCCUCUCUGGGAAUAGUCCUCUUCCUGGCCGGGUGGAUGGGGACGGCUGCUGACACAGGAAAGAGGAGAUCCCAGGUGAGGCUUUAGGAAAUUGCCAGAGCCAACUUGAAGCAGAGACUCCACUGGGGAAGUUUUCAGAAAGAAAUCAUUGUCCUGCCUGUGAGAUAGGCCAGGCGGGUCCACCGUGGCCAGUCACAUGAGCAUCUCAAAGCCAAGAACCAUCAGAGGCUACUGCUUCCCUUUCUAAGGCGCUGGGGAAAGGGGCCUCCUCUCUGCUCCCCCUUGGCUUCAUUUUAAGGAUGAGCUCAACUUAGAGGCAUUGGGACUUUUCUUCCCUUUCCUUGAUGGACCAACAGUGCUGCUUGCACUCUCGGCUUGUAACUUUCAGGUUGAUUUCUGCCCCUGAUCAGACAUCCAUGUGGCUUCUUUAAGAAGACAGCACCUCCUAUGUGCCAGGCACUGUGUUAGGCACUUUUAUCUAUACAUCCCCUCUUUAGGAUGAGACUAAGUGAUGGGGACGUCCCUUAUUAAAGGCCCCUGAGUAAUGGAUAAACGAAAACACUUGUGAGAAGGUCUUUCUCCAAAGAGCCAAGGCAAGAUUGCCUUUGGCCUGAAGUUUGUUCUCAAAGACCCACCCCCUACAAUAGCCUCCCCACGCUGAACUUCUUUUCCCUGCCAUGUGCUCUUUUGCGCUCUUGAGGUGGUUGGAAGGGUAACCUGAGUCCUUGUGGACUUUGUGGACCAAUAGGGUAUGUGGGGCGUGUAACUUUCUUUUAAAAACUUAAGUAAAGGGGUCUUUGCUACUUUCUGCUUGUUGAGUCUUCUUGGCAUCCAUCCUAAAAGCCAGCAUCUCACUAUUUAUUGACAGGGUGUGUGUGUGUGUGUGUGUGUGUGUGUGUGUGCGCGCGCGCACGCCUGUAUUUCUAGGUGUGCCCAUGUCCUCCUGCAGCUUUUAAAAAAAGAAAACCCAGUUGCCCCAGUACUAAUUUGGUAUCUUCUCAUGCUUAGUCUAGUAUUUUGGCCGUACAUCCCCAAACAGUUUUAAUUUUCCAGGCUGACAUGUUCAAGAGGGGCUGGGUCACAUGUUGAGCGGGGUGUGGGAAGGGGAGGGGGAGAAGAAGUUAACAUUUAUUUUAUUAUUUAUUUGAACUGUUUACAUCUUUGUGUUGCACCAAGCCUGAAUAGAAACAGAUAGCAUUAAAAUGCUCAGUCCCUCUCUCCCUCUCUUCCUUCUUUGUAAUUUUUAAAAAAUUAGCCUAAGCAUCAUUAGCCUAAUGAUGCUUUUUUUUUUUUUUUUGGUUUCAAAAAUGACUCGUGACUUGUGCUGUACAAACUGUAUAAAAAAGCUUCUGUUUUUAAAGAUGGACUGUCAUUUCCUCGGGACAGUGGUCACUGAGAAGUCUCCAUUGUAAGAGAACACAGCAAAAGGUCCUGCCCUGUUCCUCAGAAAUUACUCUCUCUGUAUGAUUAAAAGUUUAUUCCAUUUAUUUUAGUGUGUGGUUACUUGAUGUCAAGGAAGAAAAAAAAAAAUUCGCCUUUGUAUAAAGACUAGGUAUCAGGGUGUCUUUUCUGUAGCGAGAGCUGUAUAUAUAGUAUUUUGGUAUAUAGUGGAAAAUCAUAAGCUUUGUGCAUCUGUAUUUGAGGUAUGUUGAUGAUGUGGGGUAAAGAUCCUGGAGGCAAAAAAUAAAAAUAAAAAUAAAUGUCGUACAAGA